AUGAAAGGUCAUAUAAAAAAUGCAUGUUUUCGGAAAACUCUACUCAUUACUCUACUGCUUAUUAUAUUAAAAUACACAAAAUAUGACUAUUUAGAAAAAGAGAAUGGUGAAAAACCAAAAUACAACAACGAUAUAUCACCACCAACUUUACUAAGAACAUAUUUUGAUGUAUAUGUCAAUAGGAAAAAUAAGGACGUAAAGGAAUUGAAGAAAUUAUUGAAAAAUGUUACGAUUUCUAAUGAUUAUCUUUGCACGGUGAAAAAGGUGGACAUAAAUAUUUACAAUAAAAUAUGUGGUAAUAAUGUGAGUAAAAUUAUAUUGAGCACCGAAAGAAAAUAUGGGGAAAACGAUUUAAAAAAAAAGUGCAUUAGUACUGGAUCUUCAUCGUGCACAUUUGGUGAAAAAAAAAAAAGGGAAGCAUUAUUCACAAAUUAUGAAAAAAGAAAUGUAUAUAAAAAUAGCAGUCUCCUUGAGGAUUUUGACGAAAAUGAAAACACAAAUAAAAACUUUCUUUUUGAACUAUUUGGUAUAAUUGCAAAAAUUAAGAAAAUUAUAAUAGAUACAUCUAAUAAAAUUAUUUCCAUGUGUCUAUUUAUUACUGGUGAUCACGAAGAAAACUUAUUCUACAUAAAAAAUAAUAAGGGUUAUGAUGAAUUGCAAAAUUCUAAUUUUUACGAUUAUUAUGAAAAUUCAAAUAUAUAUAGCAUUAAUAAAGAAUUGUAUGGAUAUAAUGAGGAAUAUGCUAAUAAAUAUUUAUAUUCUUUUAUAGACAUUUCAUCUGAUAAUUUAAAUAUUAAUUUUUAUCAAAAAGUCGUUCAAGGAGAAAAUGGGAAUAUAGCGCCAGAAAUUUUUAAGAAUAAAAAUGUGGAUAAUUUAUCUAAGGAUAAAAAAUAUGAUAGCCAUAGUAAGAUGAAUGAUGGAAAUAAAUCAAAUUGGGGUGUUUCAAAUGGCAAAACCGAAACAAAUAGAAACAUAAAUUUUAAAAAUGGACAAUUUUUAAAAGCAGUAAGUGACUAUUUUUGGAAAAAAAAUGAAAAAUGGAAUGAAAGCAAAAUAAACCAAUCAAACAAACUGCAUAAAAAAAAUGAUGAAAUGAUACAUAGGUUGAUAGGAAGAAUUUUGGCAGAAAAUGAUCAUGAAUAUGAAAAUUUAAGUUUAAAUCCAAAUAGAGAUAGGGAAAGAGCAAGAGAACGGGAAAACGAAAGGAGACAAGAAAUAGAAUGGAAAAGACAAACCGAUAAAAAUAAAAGUAAUUAUAGUCAAGCAGAAGAAAGACUUUUGCUUAUUAUUAGAGAACAGAAUGGAACCCAAAAAAGUGAUAAUCCUGAUAAGAAUACUGGAGUUACUGUAUUAGAGUUUAGUCGCUUGCCACCAAAAAAAAGGAGAAGAGUAUGCACAAUUUUAGCGGAAACUGAAUCAGAAAUUUCGAGCAAAGAUAAUAGUAAUGAUAGUAAAGCUAGUGAUAAUCAAAAUAAUUCUUCUAACGAGAGCAAUGAUAAAUCAAAAGAUUAUGGUCCUGCUUCCCCUACUCCUGGUGAUGUAGCAGAAUGUAAAAUUAAUAUGCCUUCUAAUAAUAUAGAAGGAAAAGAAUCUGAAAGUGCGAGUCGUGGUGAUAAAAGUAAUUCUUCUGGCGAGAGCAAUGAUAAAUCAAAAGAUUAUGGCCCUGCUUCCCCUACUCCUGGUGAUACAGCAGAAGAUAAAAUUAACAUACCUUCUAUAUUAAUAGAAGGAAAAGAAUAUGAAGAUAAGAGUGAAGAUAAAAAUAACGAUAAAAAUAAAGAACAACAUAAAGAAACAAAUUCUUCGGAUAAGAAUAAUGAUGAAUCAAAAUAUGAUAAUCCUGCAUCUUCCCCACCAGCAGAGGAUACCCCAGAAGGUAAAAUUAAAAGACCUUCGCGACUAUUCGCGGAAAAAGAAUUUGAAGAUAAAAAUAACGAUAAAAAUAAAGAACAACAUAAAGAAACUAAUUCUUCUGAUAAGAAAACUGAUGAAUCAAAAUAUGAUAAUCCUGCAUCUUCCCCACCAGCAGAGGAUAUCCCAGAAGGUAAAAUUAAAAGACCUUCGCGACUAUUCGCGGAAAAAGAAUUUGAAGAUAAAAAUAACGAUAAAAAUAAAGAACAACAUAAAGAAACAAAUUCUUCGGAUAAGAAUAAUGGUGAAUCAAAAUAUGACAGUCCUGCUUCUCCACCCCCAUAUGAUGCACCUGAAGGCAAAAUUAAUAGACCUUCUAGAAUAAUCGCAGAAAAAGAAUCUGAAAAUAAGAAUGAAGAUAAGGAUAAAGAUAACGAUAAAAACAAAGAACAAAAUAAAGAAACAAAUUCUUCGGAUAAGAAUAGUGAUGAAUCAAAAGAAUACGAUCCUGCUUCUCCACCCGUAGAGGAUAUACCAGAAGGUAAAAUCAAUAGACCUUCGAGACUAAUCGCAGAAAAAGAAUCUGAAAAUAAGAAUGAAGAUAAGGAUAAAGAUAACGAUAAAAACAAAGAACAAAAUAAAGAAACAAAUUCUUCGGAUAAGAAUAGUGAUGAAUCAAAAUAUGACAGUCCUGCUUCUCCACCCCCAUAUGAUGCAUCUGAAGGUAAAAUUAAUAGACCUUCUAGAAUAAUCGCAGAAAAGGAAUUUGAAAAUAAGAAUGAAGAUAAGGAUACAGAUAACGAUAAAAACAAAGAACAAGAUAAAGAAUCUAAUUCUUCUGAUAAGAAUAGUGAUGAAUCAAAAUAUGACAGUCCUACAUCUCCCCCCCCAUACGAUGCACCAGAAGGUAAAAUUAAAAGACUUUCUAGAUUAAUAGCAGAAAAAGAAUCUGAAAAUAAGAAUGAAGAUAAAAAUAACGAUAAAAACAAAGAACAAAAUAAAGAAACAAAUUCUUCGGAUAAGAAUAGUGAUGAAUCAAAAGAAUACGAUCCUGCUUCUCCACCCGUAGAGGAUAUACCAGAAGGUAAAAUCAAUAGACCUUCGAGACUAAUCGCAGAAAAAGAAUCUGAAAAUAAGAAUGAAGAUAAGGAUAAAGAUAACGAUAAAAACAAAGAACAAAAUAUAGAAUCUAAUUCUUCUGAUAAGAAAAAUGAUGAAUCAAAAUAUGACAGUCCUGCAUCUCCCCCCCCAUACGAUGCACCAGAAGGUAAAAUUAAAAGACUUUCUAGAUUAAUAGCAGAAAAAGAAUCUGAAGAUAAUAAUGAAGGUCAGAAUAAAGAUCACGAUAAAGACCAAAAUAAAGAAUCUAAUUCUUCGGAUAAGAAUAGUGAUGAAUCAAAACAGGACACUCCUGCUUCUUCACCCGCAGAAGAUAUACCAGAAGGUAAAAUAAAUAGACCUUCGAGAUUAAUAGCAGAAAAAGAAUCUGAAAAUAAGAGUGGUGAUAGUAAAAGUAGUAAUAAAGAAACUAAUUCUUCUGAUAAGAGCGAAGAUAAAAGUAGUGAUAAAGAAACUAAUUCUUCAGAUAAUAAUAAUGAUGAAUCAAAAUAUGACAGUCCUGCAUCUCCCCCCCCAUACGAUGCACCAGAAGGUAAAAUUAAUAGACCUUCGAGACUAAUCGCAGAAAAAGAAUCUGAAAAUAAUAAUGAAGAUAAAAAUAACGAUAAAAAUAAAGAACAACAUAAAGAAACAAAUUCUUUGGAUAAUAAUAAUGGUGAAUCAAAAGAAUACGAUCCUGCUUCUUCACCCGCAGAAGAUAUACCAGAAGGUAAAAUAAAUAGACCUUCGAGAUUAAUAGCAGAAAAAGAAUCUGAAAAUAAGAGUGAAGAUAAAAAUAACGAUAAAAAUAAAGAGCAAAAUAAAGAAUCUAAUUCUUCUGAUAAUAAUAAUGAUGAAUCAAAACAUGACAGUCCUUCUUCUCCACCCCCAUACGAUGCACCAGAAGGUAAAAUUAAUAGACCUUCGAGACUAAUAGCAGAAAAGGAAUUGGAAAAUAAAGAAAAUAUAAGAUAUGCAAAACAAUAUAAGCCAUAUACUUCUUCUAAUAAUCACAUUGAUGUAUCAAAAUAUUAUAAUAUUGUUUCUUCUCCCCCAACCGAUGCACCAGAAGAUAAAAAGAAUACACCGCCUAGAUUAUUAACAGAAAAAGAAUCUGAAAAUAAGAGUGAAGAUAAAAAUAACGAUAAAAAUAAAGAGCAAAAUAAAGAAUCUAAUUCUUCGGAUAAGAAUAGUGAUGAAUCAAAACAGGACACUCCUGCUUCUCCACCCGCAGAAGAUAUACCAGAAGGUAAAAUUAAUAGACCUUCUAGGUUAAUCGCAGAAAAAGAAUCUGAAAAUAAGAAUGAAGAUAAGGAUAAAGAUAACAAUAAAAAUGAAGAACAAAAUAAAGAAUCUAAUUCUUCUGAUAAUAAUAAUGAUGAAUCAAAACAUGACAGUCCUUCUUCUCCACCCGCAGAAGAUAUACCAGAAGGGAAAAUUAAUAGGCCUUCUAGAUUAAUAGCAGAAAAGGAACUUGAAUAUAAAGAUAAUGAACACGAUAAAGAACAAUUUUCAAAAAAAAAUGAAAUAAAUAGAAAAAAAAACGCUUCAUAUAAGAGCAUGGUUGCAGAAAAUGGGCAAAAAGAUAACGAGGAUGAAGAAAUGAAAGCCGUAUUCGAAAAGAUAAAAAAGAAAAAAGAAAAAGAAAAAAUAAAAUAUUAUCCUUAUGAUAUAAUUGAAACAAUGGAAGCUUUGAGUUCAUUAUCAAAUGAAGAAUAUUAUAUGAAUGAUGGUGCAGCCAGUCGUGCAAAAACUAGUAGUAUUCUAGGAAAAUAUUUGAGACAGACUAAUGCUUCUAAUAAACAUUUAGAUAUUAAUAUGUUUUUCGAUGAAAAACCAUAUAGAUAUAGAAAAGGCAAUUAUUAUUUUAUAAAUCCAUUUCCAUAUAGUAUUAUAAAGAUGAAAAAAAAUGAAGGAUUAGGUUAUUCAGAAAAAAUAAAAUAUGAUGGUGUCUAUUGCUAUUCUCUUUCUUUUAAUAAUAAUUCUUCGUUAACAUAUGAAAUUGAAAAUUCUUUUAGAAAUGUAAAACCAAUAGAAGAAAUAGUACCAGGUACAUUAACAGGCUUUAAAAGUGAUGACGGGUAUCAAAAAAUGCUUACUCCAAUGUUUGUUGAAGAGGAUAUGUUUUUACACUGCGCAUUUAAUAAUGAACCUAAUGAGAUAGAAAAUAGAAUAGCAUCAUUUCCUGUUAAAAUAUUUUUAAAAAAAAAUUUGAACAAAACAAAAGGGUGUUCUUUUCAAAUAAAUAUGCAUGAUUCCAUAUAUAAAGAAUAUGCAGAAAGGGAAUCAUUUUUGAGUAAAAAAAUUAUAUUGAAUGAUGAAAAUAGCAGUAAUGAAUGUGCUAUCACGGCUACAAAUGAAAUUAUUGGAUUUCAAUGCGGGCCUCCAUAUAACCAUUAUACCAACAACAAUAAUACGAGUUACAUGGAUAAAUUUUUUUUUAAUUAUGUGAAUAAUGAAGACAUAAAAGGUGGUGAAUAUUUUAAAGUUGAGCCUGCACAUUGUUUUGAAGAAGUUAAUACAAAUGAGGAUAUUGAAAAUGUUGCCCCAGGCAGUUUCCCUUUCCCAAAUUUUGAAAUGAUAAAUGGUGGUUUAAAAUCACACCAUACAAGAUAUUUAAAGUUAAACAUAAGAGAUCCAAACACAGCUAUAUCAUGUUAUUGCAACUAUUAUAAUAAUGGGAAAAUAAUUUAUUCAGGUAUAAUGACUAUAAAUGGUAAACAAAAUUAUAAUGGCCUAUCAGAUUCGAUUUAUUCCGAUCAAGACACUAAUAAAGAAAACGAUAAUGCAAAACAAACUGGUCGUAAAAAAAAUAAACCAAAUGAAAAAAAUAAAAUUAAUAAGAUGGAAAAAUAUGAUUAUAAAUAUUUUUUAAAUUUAUUGUCAUAUUAUAAUCCAUAUUUCAUGCUAUAUAGAAAACAGCCUGAAGAUGUGAAAAAUGAUUUCAUAUAUGAUAGUAAGAAUAACAACCAAAAUAAUGAUGAAUUUUUAAAAAAAAUACAAAAUAAAUUAACCAAUUUAAAAUUCUCUGAUAAUGAUAAACAUAUUCAUGGUAUGGAUGAUAAUUUAAGAUAUAAAUACGAUAAUAGACAUUCUAACGUGUAUCCAAUCAGUGAUUAUGAUUCAGAAAGUCAUUUUGAUAGCGAAAGGUUAUCCGAUUCUUAUGAAGAUACUUUUAAUGAUGAUUAUAUAAGUCCAAAUAGUAAUUCAUACUAUGAUGAAAAUACAUAUAACCCAGAUGACCUUUUCUCUAAUUAUGAUGAUGUUAAUAUUGAAAGUGAAUAUGAAGAACUUGAUCCAUUGCAAGAUAAUGUAACUUUUCAAGAUAAUAAAUCGUACGAAGAUAAAACUCAAUCUAUUAUAGUAAUCAAUAAAUCAAAAAAUGUUAAUGUUUAUAUUCCCAAAAAUAAAAUAAAAAAUAAAUCAAAACAUAUAAAAAAUAUUGAAGAUAUAGAAGAUAAGAAAACGAAAGACGCUCUCCUUAAAUAUUUAUUAUUAACAUAUGAAGAAACACCAGAUAAAAAUGAAAACUUGAAUACAAAAUUAGAAUUAUUUAAAGAAUAUUUUCCUUCUUCAUCAAAGAAUAAUAUAUUAAUAGAAGAAAAAGAAAAUGAUAAUACAUCAAAUAAAAUAAAAAAUACAAGUGAUAUUAAAGAAGAAUCGAUAGAACCAUUAAAUGAGAAACAAAUCAAUAGUGAAAUAGAAGUAUCUGAAAAUGACUUUACUUUAGAUCAUAAUAAAUCUUAUAAUCAUGAUAAUGCAAAUAGCAAUAAUCAUGAAGAGGGUAUUACUCAUGGUAAGAUUAAUGAUGAUAUACCAAUUGCUAUUAUGAACACAAUUUUACAUGGAUUGUUUGGACAUAAUGAAUACGAUGGCAAUAAAGAAGAAAAUCCAAAAAAAGACAAGAAACUGCAUCAAACUAAAAAUAAUACAAUAGAAAAUGAAGACGAAGAAGAUUUAAUUAAAAAAUCGGAAGAAUUAACGGAAGAUGAAAAUACUUUUCAAAAAAUAAAAUAA